GUCCCCAGAACCAUUUGGUGCUCUACUUCAAAAGAACACUACAAUCACCAUGAACAUCAGAGGACUUCCAAGUGGACCUUAACUGGAGUCUGGACUGGUUCCUUUUGUGAACGUAAUGAGACAACACCAGAAUACUAUUUUACCCUAGAACCCAGACUCCCAACUCUCUGAAUGUCCCGAUAGGACUUUCUAAGUGGAAGAACUUGGACUAUCCACAACUAGAAAACACCUUUUAACCCCCAACCAAGCCAAUCCCAAGUAUCCUGAUGACCUGUGGGCCUCUGGGUGGGUCCACUGCCCCCCUCUGGUGGUGACUGGGGUGUAGUCCAGGUCCAGCCACCUCCAGACCCCAGGGGACCAUCCCAGGAUGGGAACCCCAGGAGGAGUAGCCUUACUGGGGGGCUUUGGUUCUUCCACCACGCCCUCUCUGGAGAUGGGGGGCUGGAUGGUCUGGCCAGGGGGGAAUAACUCCACCUACCGUGGACUAAACCAGAGUCUACCCUGGGGGGCCGGCGACGGGGGAGCGGACAGCAACCUGUCAUUGGGAUCACAGGCGGAGGCGGUGUUGAGAGCAUCGCCCAUGAAGGAGAAGAACUGGCCGGCGCUUCUCAUCCUAGUCAUCAUCGCGCUGACGGUGGGCGGAAACAUCCUGGUGAUUCUGGCCGUCUCACUAGAGAAGAAGCUUCAGAAUGCUACAAACUUCUUCCUGAGGUCGUUGGCCGUGGCCGACAUGCUGGUGGGGAUACUGGUGAUGCCUAUAUCACUGAUCAACAUACUCUAUGACUAUGCGUGGCCCCUGCCCAGUGCUCUGUGUCCUAUCUGGAUCUACCUGGACGUCCUCUUCUCCACAUCGUCUAUUAUGCAUCUGUGUGCCAUAUCUCUGGAUCGAUAUGUGGCUAUAAGGAAUCCCAUUGAACACAGCCGCUUCAACUCCAGAACCAAGGCCAUGAUGAAGAUAGCAGCUGUAUGGACCAUAUCAAUAG